CACGCCAUGCUUCUACAUCAGGUGAGCAACUAUGGUCAUCAAGCCAUGUCAAAGCAUCCCCCUUGAACCGCUCUCUCCAUGGAUGUCUGCCCACACAAGUCGUCCUGAAAGAGGGAAUAUUACAGAUGGCGAUGAAGUACCGGAAAACACAUUUUCGUUACUGUCGGUGAUUCUAGUUGGCCUGCUACUGUUUAUUUUAUUUUUCUUAUCCGUUGCUGGGAACAUUUUGGUCUGCGUCGCGAUAUACACUGACCGAGGUCUACGCAGGAUUGGUAAUCUCUUUCUUGCCUCUCUGGCGAUUGCUGACCUCUUCGUCGGGUCUCUGGUGAUGACUUUUGCCGGUGUGAACGACCUCCUCGGAUACUGGGUAUUUGGAUCCCGAUUCUGCGACACGUGGGUGGCGUUCGACGUGAUGUGCAGCACCGCUUCCAUUCUCAAUCUAUGCGCCAUAUCACUUGAUAGAUACAUACAUAUCAAAGAUCCAUUGAGGUACAGUAGAUGGGUCACUCGGAGAGUAGCAGUUGGCAGCAUAGCAACUGUUUGGCUGCUCGCUGGCCUAAUCUCUUUUGUGCCAAUCAGCUUGGGCCUUCACAGGCCUGCCAUGCCGCUAGUGUACAGCGACGGAGAAAAGCAAUAUCCUACCUGCGCAUUGGACUUGACGCCCACCUACGCGAUGGUUUCCUCCUGCAUCUCCUUCUACGUGCCUUGUUUCGUUAUGGUGGGCAUUUACUGCAGACUAUAUUGCUACGCGCAGAAACACGUGAGGAGCAUCAGGGCGGUGACAAAAUUGCCGGAAACUUCGCUGGCGAAGAGCUUUCGCACAAAGACCAGGAGGACCAAAGCUCCGAAACCACAGACGAAGCCGAAACCCACAAGUCCGUACCACGUGUCCGACCACAAGGCAGCAAUAACUGUCGGUGUAAUUAUGGGGGUUUUCCUGAUAUGUUGGGUACCAUUCUUCUGCGUCAAUAUUGUUGCCGCAUUCUGCAAAACCUGUAUUACCGACAGAACCUUCCAGGUACUGACGUGGCUCGGCUACAGCAAUUCAGCUUUCAAUCCGAUAAUCUACAGUAUCUUCAACACCGAAUUUCGAGAGGCUUUCAAAAGAAUUUUGACGAGGGGUGGAAGAGGUCGAUGCAAUCAACCGUCAACGAGCGAAUGUGGUGAAUUCCGAUCGGUUAUCGUUCAGAAACGAAAUGGUUCGAUCGUGGAAUGCAACAUUAGUCCCAGAUCGAGUGCCGACAGCUGCCAAGUAGCUCCAGGCGCAAACAAACAUCGUGACACGAUUGUCAGCGCGAUAUAAUCGCGUCAUAAAAAACAGUUACCAUAUUCUUCAGAUGCGUUUCAAUUCCAAUGUCAAUAUAUACUCCACUCCAUGUAUAGAUAUGUAUAGUAAGUAAGUGCGGACACUUAGAUUAAUUCUGACAUGCGAAACAAAAAAAAUUUGGUAAAAAAAUUAAGGUGCAGAGUUACCAUUUUUCAUUUUCUCAUUCUCAAUCACUUUCUUCCUUUUUUUACUUGUAUCAUACAUUAGCUCACGCGUCUUGUAGAUAUGUUAUUAAUCGUAGAAUAAUUUAUAAAUUUAAGUAUAAGUACAUACAUGUUUAACAAAAUA